AUGUGCCUUUUCGUUUUUGCACUUCUUCCCCUGCUUCUCUUCCCUGUCGGGUCCUUGGCUGCCACUAGCUGCUUUUCUACCAUGAAGCAGCGUGUGCACAUGGACGGUGAUGUGAUGAUUGCUGCGUAUUUCCCUCUCCUUAUCUUGAGAGUCCAUACCCGUAACAACGAUGCUCCUGAGCAUGAGAAGGAAAAGAAGUUUAUCUUCAAGAACUACCAGUUUAUUUUGGCCUUGACUUUUGCUAUUGAAGAGAUCAACAAAAACCCUCAUCUUUUACAUAAUUUGACGCUGGGGUUUGAGUUCUGUAAUUUUGAAUUAGAUGUUGGGAAUGAAUUAAAAAGUGCCAUUCUUUGCCUCUUUGGGAAGAACAACACUCUCAAUUACAUAUGUAUGGGACACAGCAAGUAUACAGCAGUACUUACAGGACCAUCAGCAAUAACAUCUGCCAAGUUUGGGACUUUGCUGAGCCUCUAUAGGUUUCCACAGCUUUCCUUUGGGCCUUUUGUUCAAGUCCUGAGCGACCAUAACACAUUUCCUGCUCUCUAUCAGAUGGGGAGAAAGGACACAUCGAUGGCCACUGCCAUGGUCUCCUUACUGCUUCACUUCAGAUGGAACUGGGUGGGUCUGCUAAACGUAGAGGACGAAAAUGGCUUGUGGUUUCUUUCUGAAUUGAAAGAAGAGAUGGCCAAGAACAGAGUCUGUGUAGAUUUUGAGCUAGCACUCCCGAACAAUAUUGUGUCCAAUAAAACAAAACUGAAGGCAGUUAAAAACCAGGUUAACAAAUCAUCAGCAAAUGUCCUCAUUAUAUAUGGUGAUAAUGAAUUGCUACUUGUUUUGCAAUUGUCGAUGAAAGGCAAAAUUUGUAUCGUGAAUUCACAGUGGGAUUUGACAAUGAGUAGGGAUUAUUUCCUGCUAGGAUCAUCGCAGGUACCUCUCAUGUUUUCACACCAUCACCCAGAUGUUUCCGGAUUCACAGAGUUUGUCAAGGCAGUGAACCCUUCCAAAUACCCUGAAGAUGCUUUCCUUGCUGAGGUGUGGUUGGUCUCUUUUAAUUGCUCUAAUUCUGAAUCUGACUGUGUAACAUGGGAGAACUGUGCUCACAAUGCCUCCUUGGAUUGGUUGCCUCGGCACAUUUUAGACACGAAUUUGUCUGUGGACAGUUACAAUAUAUACAACGCUGUGUACGCUGUGGCCCAUGCUCUCCAUGAGAUGCUUCUUCAUCAAGCAGAAGUACAAACCAUGGGAAAGAGCAAAGGGACAGUAUUAAAUUUUAGCAGCUCCUGACUGCACCCUUUUCUAAAGAACAUACAAUUUCACAAUUCUGCUGGAGAUCAGGUGAUUUGGGAUGAGAAAAGGAAAUUGGAGGCAGAGUAUGACAUUGUGAAUAUUUGGAAUUUCCCACAAAGUCUUCACCUGGAGGUGAAAGUAGGAAAGUUUUCUCCAUAUACUAAUCAACUCUCUUUAUCUGAAGAAAUGAUACACUGGACCAUAGCAUGUACAGAGACUCCCCACUCUGUCUGCAGUGUAAGUUGUGGUUCUGGAUUCAGGAAAGCCCCUCAGGAGGGAAAGGCUGCCUGUUGCUUUGAUUGUACCCCUUGCUCAGAGAAUGAGAUGGCUAAUGGGACAGACAUGGAGCAGUGCGUGAAGUGUCCAGAUCACCAGUAUGCCAACACACAGAGAAACCAGUGCCUCCCAAGAUCUGCAAGCUUCCUGGCUUAUGGGGAGCCCUUGGGCAUGGCCUUGGCCUGCAUGGCUCUUGGUUUAUCUACACUCACAGCAGCUGUUCUUGGGGUCUUUGUGAAACAUCACAACACCCCCAUUGUCAAGGCGAAUAACCAGGCUCUCAGCUACAUCCUGCUCAUCUCCCUCAUCUUCUGUUCCCUCUGUUCCUUGCUCUUUAUUGGCCGUCCCAACACAGUCACCUGUAUUCUACAGCAAACCACAUUUGGAGUUGCUUUCACUGUAGCCAUUUCUGCUGUCUUGGCCAAAACUGUCACUGUGGUUCUGGCCUUCAAGGUCACUUCUCCAGGGAGAAGGAUGAGGUGGCUGCUGGUAUCAGGGGCUCCUAACUUCAUCAUUCCCAUCUGCACCCUGAUCCAGGUGACUCUCGGUGGAAUCUGGCUGGGAACCUCUCCUCCCUUCAUUGACACUGAUACAUACUCUGAACAUGUCCACCUCAUCAUCCUGUGUAACAAGGGCUCCCUCACUGCCUUCUACUGUGUCUUGGGAUACCUGGGCUCCCUGGCCCUGGCCAGCUUCACUGUGGCUUUCCUGGCCAGGAACCUGCCUGACACCUUCAAUGAAGCCAAGUUCCUGACCUUCAGCAUGCUGGUGUUCUGCAGUGUGUGGCUCACCUUCCUGCCUGUCUACCACAGUGCCAAGGGCAAGGUCAUGGUGGCUGUGGAGGUCUUCUCCAUCUUGGCCUCCAGUGCAGGGCUCCUGGGCUGCAUCUUUGUCCCCAAGUGCUACAUUAUCUUGAUAAAGCCAAAUAGAAAUGUUCUGCAUGGCUUCCGUGACAAAACACUUACUCACAGAAACACUGACUUCUUAGAGAGCUGCUUUUCUACCAUGAAGCAGCGUGUGCACAUGGAUGGUGAUGUGAUGAUUGCUGCGUAUUUCCCUCUCUACAUCUUGAGAGUAGCUAGCCGUGACAACGAUGCUCCUGAACGUGAAAAGGAAAGGCUGUUUAUCUUCAAGAACUACCAGUUUAUUUUGGCCUUGACUUUUGCUAUUGAAGAGAUCAACAAAAACCCUCAUCUUUUACAUAACUUGACUCUGGGAUUUGAGUUCUGUAAUUUUGAAUUUGAUGUUUGGAAUGAAUUAAAAAGUGCCAUUCUUUGCCACUUUGGGAAGAACAACACUCUCAAUUACACAUGUAUGGGAGACAGCAAGUAUACAGCAGUACUUACAGGACCAUCAGGAAUAACAUCUGCCCAGCUUGGGACAUUGCUGAACCUCUACAGGUUUCCACAGCUUACCUUUGGGUCUUUUGAUCAAGCCCUGAGCGACCAUAACAAGUUCCCUGCUCUCUAUCAGAUGGCUCAAAAGGACACAUCGAUGGCCACUGCCAUGGUCUCCUUACUGCUUCACUUCAGAUGGAACUGGGUGGGACUGCUAAUCAUAGAGGAUGAGAAUGGCUUGUGGUUUCUUUCUGAAUUGAAAGAAGAGAUGGCCAAGAAUAGAGUCUGUGUAGACUUUGAGCUAGCACUCACGAACAAUAUUAUUUUACAUAAAACAAAACUCAAGGCAGUUAAAGACCAGGUUAACAGAUCAUCGGCUAAUGUCUUCAUUAUAUAUGGUGAUAAUGAAUUUCUACUUGUUUUGCAAUUGAUAAUAAAAGGCAAAAUUUGUAUCAUGAAUUCACAAUGGGAUUUGACAAUGAGUAGGGGUUAUUUCCUGCUGGGAUCAUCGCAGGUACCUCUCAUGUUUUCACACCAUCACCCAGAUGUUUCUGGAUUCACAGAUUUUGUCAAGGCAGUGAACCCUUCCAAAUACCCUGAAGACGCUUUCCUUGCUCAGGUGUGGUAUGUCUCUUUUAAUUGCUCUGUUUCUGAGUCUGACUGUGUAACAUGGGAGAACUGUGCUCACAAUGCUUCUUUGGAUUUGUUGCCUCGGCAUAUUUUAGACAUAACUUUGUCUGUGGACAGUUACAAUAUAUACAAUGCUGUCUACGCUGUAGCCCAUGCUCUCCAUGAGAUGCUUCUUCAUCAAGCAGAAGUACAAACCAUGGGAAACAGAAAAGGGACAGUGCCUUCUCCUGCACAGCUGCACCCUUUUCUGAAGAACAUCCAAUUUCAGAAUCCUGCUGGAGAUCAGGUGACUUGGGAUGAGAAAAUGAAAUUGGAGGCAGAGUAUGACAUUGUGAACAUUUGGAAUUUCCCACAUAGUAUUCAUCUUGAGGUGAAAGUAGGAAAGUUUUCUCCAUAUACUCAUCAACUCUCUUUAUCUGAAGAAAUGAUACACUGGACCAUAGCAUGUACAGAGCCUCCCCACUCUGUCUGCAGUAUAAGUUGUAGUGCGGGAUUCAGGAAAGCCCCUCAGGAGGGAAAGGCUGCCUGUUGCUUUGAUUGUACCCCUUGCUCAGAGAAUGAGAUGUCUAAUGGGACAGACAUGGAGCAGUGUGUGAAGUGUCCAGAUUACCAGUAUGCCAACACAUGGAGAAACCAGUGUCUUCUAAGAACUGCAAGCUUCCUGGCUUAUGGGGAGCCCUUGGGUAUGGCCUUGGCCUGCAUGGCUCUUGGUUUAGCGACACUCACAGCAGUUGUUCUUGGGGUCUUUUUGAAACAUCACAACACCCCCAUUGUCAAGGCAAAUAACCAGGCUCUCAGCUACAUCCUGCUCAUCUCCCUCAUCUUCUGUUCCCUCUGUUCCUUUCUCUUUAUUGGCCGUCCCAAUACAGUCACAUGUAUUCUACAGCAAUCCACCUUUGGAGUUGCAUUUACUGUCGCUGUUUCUGCAGUCUUGGCCAAAACUAUAACUGUAGUUCUGGCCUUCAAGGUCACUUCUCCAGGGAGAAGAAUGAGGUGGCUGCUGGUGUCAGGGGCUCCUAACUUCAUCAUUCCCAUCUGUACCCUGAUCCAGGUGACUCUCUGUGGAAUCUGGUUUGGAACCUCUCCUCCCUUCAUUGACAUAGACACACACUCCGAACAUGGCCACCUCGUCAUCCUGUGCAACAAGGGCUCCCUCACUGCCUUCUACUGUGUCUUGGGAUACCUGGGCUCCCUGGCCCUGGCCAGCUACACUGUGGCUUUCCUGGCCAGGAACUUGCCGGACACCUUCAAUGAAGCCAAGUUCCUGACCUUCAGCAUGCUGGUGUUCUGCAGUGUGUGGCUCACCUUCCUGCCUGUCUACCACAGUGCCAAGGGAAAGAUCCCGGUGGCUGUGGAGGUCUUCUCCAUCUUGGCCUCCAGUGCAGGGCUUCUGGGCUGCAUCUUUGUCCCCAAGUGCUACAUCAUCUUGAUUAGGCCAGAUAGGAAUUGUCUGUAUGGCUUCAAGGAUAGAAGAGAUAGAUGUAGAAAUAAGCAUUGCUAA